AUGCUACCUGAAGACGAGCUGGAUUUCGAAGACUUUGGAGAUCUGGGAGAUAUUGAAGGGCCCGAGCUCACAAAUGAAGAGUUGGAGGCAUUAGAGCAAGAGCUUCGCUCUGAGAAUGUCUCUCUAUUAACCGAACUGGAUGAGGACAAGACAACUACUGAAAAGGCAGCGUCUUCUGCUGCCAUUACUACUGAAGCAGCUAUAACAACCAAGCCAGCUGCUGCCGAGACACAAAAAGAAAAUCAAGGCACUGUAAAUAAUACGUUAGAGGAAGGCGAGACACCUAAUGAUGGCCCAACAGCUCCAAGCAAGUCAGCAGAAUUGCAGCAUUGUUCUUCAAAUCAACAGCACCAGCAUCAAUCAACAUUUAACAACUACAACAAUUACAAGAAUAAUGGAUUCUAUGGCCAUCAACCAUCAAUGCCAAUGAAUAACAUGUUUCCACAAUAUCCGCCAUUCUCAAAUCGUAUUUAUGUGAAUCCAAAGUUCAACAAAAGUGGUGCUUCUCAACAAAUGCAGCUUCAGCAACAGCAACAGAGAAAGUUUAUGGAGCUGGAAGCACACCGUAUGCUUUUAAUGCAAAGACAAAUGCAGCUGCAGCAACAGCAAGAACAGCAGAGAUUAGCUGAAUUGGAUCAGAAGCGCCGUGAAGCGGCCGAAACCAUGAAAAGAAAGCGAGAGCAAAGGAACACAGAGACCGGUGAAAAGCGAUUGAGACCAGACGAAACCAACAACCAUAGCGAUGAUCGUGCUACUAAGCGUCUCGAGAGAUUUGCGCAAUCUCCUGCUGGUGGGAUUUCUAUCAAAGGCGUGGCAGCAGCGGCAGCUCGUAAUAACGGCAACCUAGCGCCUAGAAAUAUUCCAUAUCAACCACCCAACGAAAGAAAAGUCUCUAUUGAGAGAAGAGUAUCAACACCAUAUGACAGAAAACCUAGUAUUACAAGUCGCUUAGGGAAGCCAGGCAAUUCAUCAACGCCUGCCCCACCAUCUAAAGCCCCAUUCACUCCCAACAAGAGAUCUUCUGCAUCCAUCACAGCGACUCCAGUGCUACCCAUCGUUACCAACGGCAAAUCGAAUAUACUUAUCAUCACAGGUUUGGGCAAAGAUGCGAAAUUACAAGAUAUCCGUAAUAUGGCAAACGGUGCACAUGAUGUAAAAUUGGACUCGAACACUAAUUCAGCAACCGUGGUAUUUCCAAGUGUCGAAUUAGCUGUUACUUUUCGAAGAAAGUACAACAGAUAUCAAAUGGGAGAAUCACACAUCAACAUUUCAUUUCAAAAAUAA